GUGAACACAAUGGUUAUUAGGGUAAUGCAUUUCUAUACCUACUUAAUGUUUGAUACUCAAAUUAAGCCCAAGAAUGCUUCUAAAAGAAAAAUAGUUGGAUGGAAAAAGCCUAAGGUUAAAACGGGAUAUAAUGCAGUUUCUCGCUUGGCUUCCUUGCUUGGUUUUUGUUGCAAAGAUGUGACCAACAUGUCUGAUAGUAGUGCUCCCAUAGAAGUCACAGUUUUGCCUGUACCGGUGGAAUCCAUGCUGUACUAUUACGGCAGUAUAUCUCGAGAGACAGCUGAAUGGAUACUCUGGGAUCGCGGUUGUCGAGAUGGCAUGUACUUACUUAGAGAGAGUAACUCAGAUUACGUGUUGUCCCUCUGUUUCCAGAAAAGUGUUCUUCAUUACCGUAUUAAGAAGCUUAGCAGUGGAGAAGUGGGCCUUUGUGGUGUGCCAAGACAAAAAUUUGCUGGUCCUGUAGAGUUAGUUCAAGGUGUUGAAGGUCUAGCUUGCAAACCAACAUUACCUUGCAACAAGUCCUUAGAUUCGGUUUUGCCACUUACACACUGGGGCGUUACUGAAGAAACUGUGAGGAAAGCAAUUUUAAAGAAAGCAAAAGAAUGGGGAAUUGAUGAAGACAAAUUGGACACUAGUCUAACAGAAAAUUAUAGUGAUAUUAAACUUCUCAUUACCAAGACUUUACAUGAAAUCCAGCCAUGGUUUCAUGGUCCUCUUUCUCGUAUUGAAGCUGAGCGAAGCAUUGAAGAAAGUGGUCAUAAAGAUGGAAAGUUUCUAGUAAGGGAGCGUGAUGACAGCAGUUAUGCCUUAUGUUUAAGUCAUUCUGGUCGUAUUAAACAUUAUAAAAUUGAUGUCCUACCUUCAGGUGAAUUUGCAAUACAGGAUGGACAAAGGUUUCCAAGUAUUAUGGCUCUGGUUAGCCACUACACAUUGUUUAGUGAUGGUUUAUGGUGUUCUUUGCAAGAUCCUUGUGUGGUUCCUCCUCGCAGAGCAAACGAUGGGAACAACUCUCAAAAUAGGACAAGGACUACAGAAGGAUCUCAACCAGGAGAAAGUAGGAGUAGUGCAACUCAUCAUAACAGUUCUAGUGGUGGAACUCUUGAAAGAAGUAAACCAUCUAGGCAAAGUCAAGGGACAUCAGAAACAGGGUCGCCACCCUCAAAAGCUAGUCGUUUUUUAAACAGCUUGAACCAGCGCAAAUUGUUCUCUAAGUUUUUUUCCACUGUUGCUCCCCAGUUUUCUUCUCAGACUCUUCCGCAAAAUGCAGGUAACCAGAAUCCAUCCACGUCUCGUGUGCGAUCGUGCUUGUAUCCGUCACUCAGUGAUGACAACUUAGAAGGAGGUGAUCUCUCACGUGCCAUUCAUGCCAGAGUAUCUCCUGACUUAAUAAGCACUCCUUGCACUCCUCCCAACUGCUCCAGAAAAAGUUCCUUAACUUCCGUUGUGAAUAACGUUUCUUUUAAGGAGGGGAAGAAAGGAAACAUUCAAAAAGCCUCGAGUUUCGACUUUUUACCUGCUUUUUUAUCCCUAUUUAUAUACGGAGAUGGUAGCGUCGGUGCUGAUAAGAAAUCUAAAAAGGAUGGUAUGGAAGUCACUAGUAGGAAAUCCAAAGUCGAGAAGGAAAAGACUAAUGAAAAUCUCACGAACUGUAACGGAGCAACAGUUCACAGCUCUUCUCGAACUUUUGCAGAGGAUGGUACGAAAGUGCAUAAGUCUGCUCCCAUACCUGCGCCUCGUUUAUCUCUGGCGAAAAAAAUGUGUAGAAGAAGUGGACCAGUCUAUGCAAAUCGGGAAGCAUUGGCAACCACUGGCCGAUCCAUCAGCCUCGGUGAAAAUGCUUCGAGUCCUUUGAUUGAAAGGAUCGAUGGCAACAAAACAGUUCAAAAUGGUUUGCCUAUUCCUCAGCCAUUCAUCCGAAGUGCCUCUUCUCCAUCCGUUGUUUCUCAUUCCAAGGUCAAGCCACAAGCUCCGUCUUUACCCACUCGACUGUCAACCUCAGAAGGUAGUAGUUGUGAACCUAUUAUUUCUUGUAUAACUGUCAUUGACGAAAAGUGUAGGGCUUCUUCGCUGAAUGGUCAGUUGAAUUUGCAAGUCCAAUUUCAGCCAGUGCCAAAACCUCGGAAGAAGUUCCCCUUCCAAGAAAACAGGACUGAAACCAGUUGUGAAUCUUGUGCCUCAGUAGACAGUAGCACUUCUCCUACUUUGACAGAAAUCUCAGAGUUUGGUCAGGAAUCUUUUAGUGAAGAUAUUUUUCCAAGUGAUAUUGCCGUCGAUGAGAAAGAUAUGUCGCAAGAUAUUUCUACGGCGACCGAGGAGAUGAACACCGCCAACGCCAUUUCUUCGAGUGCAUCUCAAGAAGUGUCUACAACUGCCCCGUUCGUCGAUUGUGAAAAUAGUGUCACUGAUAUCCUUUCUCAUUGUGAACCGGAAAAUAACCACCUUCCUUCCCAGGAGGGUGGAAAUACUUUUAUGCAGGUUGUGAAUGAGGCAGUGCUGCCAAGUGAUAAUUCUGUGUAUGUCAGCCUCAGUGGCAGUAGUGAUGUAAUAUGUCUGCUUAGCAAUGAUGUUCCAUCACCGCCGUCUUCCACACCUGCAAAUGCGAAUCACUGUCCUGAAGGCAUUUUAAUUGAUAUUGAUAAUUAUGAUAAAAAUACAUUGUCCAGAGAGGAAUCUGAUUUGGCUUAUCUUACAUUAAGACAGUGUCGGAGAGGUCCUUUAAAUUUGGAUCAGAAAUCUAUUGAUUUAAAGGAGAAAAUUGGUUCCGGUAUCUUUUGUGAUGUUUUUAGAGGAGUGUUUUCUUCUGGACCAUUGGAAGUGCAAUUUGCAAUAAAAAUGCUUAAAAACAACAGCGUGCCUAACCCAAAAAAUGAAAUUUUGAAAGAAGCUCAAACUAUGAUUGCUCUUGAUCAUCCACACAUAGUGAGAUUAAUUGGUGUUUCAGAAAGCAGUUCAUUCAUGUUAGUAACAGAAUUAGCCCCUUUAGGUGCUCUUAGCAACUAUUUAAGAUCUCACAGGAACAUUAAUGUGUCUGAGAUUCUUAUAUUAAUGCUUCAAGUAGCUUCUGCAAUGGAAUACUUAGAAAGCAAGCAAUUUGUUCAUAGAGAUUUAGCAGCUAGAAAUGUUCUUUUAGUUAAUGAAAAUUUUGUUAAAAUCAGUGACUUUGGAAUGUCAAGAGCUUUAGGCCUGGGAAAAGAAUAUUAUCGGGCUGAAACUGCUGGGAAGUGGCCAUUGAAAUGGUAUGCCCCAGAAUGCAUUUAUUACUUCAAAUUUAGUAACAAAUCUGAUGUUUGGAGUUAUGGCAUCACAUUGUGGGAAGCACUCUCGUAUGGGGAAAAACCAUAUAAGGGAAUGAUUGGUCGAGAUAUACUGAGAAUGUUUGAACAUAAUGAACGAUUAGGAAAACCAGAACUCUGUCCUGAUUCUGUGUACAAUUUGAUGAGGAAAUGCUGGCAAUAUAAAAGUGAAGACCGACCAUCAUUCACAGAGGUUUACGAGAUGCUGAGAAACUGUGUUGAAUCCAACAAAUAAAAAGUGCACUUGGUUCUUCUCAGUGAAUUACUGAAUCCACAAAAAAAAUAAAAGCGUCCAGUAAAAAUUGAAGUGUUACUGGUUUUCUAUAUCUUCACUCUCAGGAAAAUCAUUUCACAUCUGGCAGUUUCUCUAUCGCUCCACAUCACACAGACGCUGCAUUUGAAGACUCGCUGACAUACUUUCAUGUUAUCAUCAUUGUGCAAUGUGACUGUAGUCCUAAUACUAUUUUUGUGGCUUGUACAGUUUUUCAUUACGUGUGAAUGAAAUUUCUAAGAAAAUAUUUAUUAUGGAAGUAAUAGUUGUACAUAUGUAAAACUGAUGUGGGACAAAUGUCUGGGACAUUUGGAGCCACCUCUGCUUUCAAUGUGGAUGGAAUAUGUUGAUGCUCUAGUCAUUAGAAACAGCCAUUUUUUUACCUUCUGUGACUGUUCAUUGAAAAAUAUGUUGAUCAUAAAUUAUUUUCAAUUAUUUCAUUAUAUACGAAUCUAUGUUUUUUUAUUACGAAAUUAAAA